AGGUGGGCCUAGCCCGCACGCAAUCUGUCAAACCCAUUUGUUUCCCACGCCCAUUGUUUCCUUCUUACAACUUCUCAGCAGAUCUACCUUCGAUUUUAUCUCCCCUAAUUAAUCUCCCCCAAUCUUUUUAAUAAUCUUGUUCUUACCCAAACCUUAUCUACUUCUGCCACCGUAAUUAAACACCCUUUUCACUGUGAUAUCCUGCACUGUUCUUGAUAAUAUCUGAUUCUUAUCUGGGUCUUGUUAAUUGAUGUGAUUUGAUUAAAGAUUCGAUCUUGAUUGAAGUUGGGUUGUUCUUGAAUUAGGGUUUUUAGAAGAAUGGUGAAUGUGAAUUUGGGUAUGCUUCAUUAUGUGUUGGACCAUGUGUAUGGUGCAUUUAUGCACAGAACUAAGCUUAGCCCCCAGUUUUUUUCUGGUGGGUGGGGUGGUGCAAAACUUGAGUUGCUUGAAAGAAUGAUCAAUCAGUUGUUUCCUGAAGUUCAGGGGCAGAAUUGGGCUCCUUCGAUGAUCCAGCCCAUUUGGAAUACUGUUUGGGAAACUAAGAAUGCUUGUUUGAGAGAAGGGGUUUUUAGGACUCCUUGUGAUGAUCAGCUUCUUAGUGCAUUGCCUCCAGAAUGUCAUAAUGCUAGGGUUGCUUUUCUUGCCCCCAAAUCCGUGCCGCCGCAGAAAAUGGCUUGUGUGGUUCAUCUUGCAGGAACCGGUGAUCAUACUUUUGAGCGAAGGUUGCGUCUAGGUGGACCAUUAUUGAAGGAAAAUAUAGCAACAAUGGUGCUUGAGAGCCCAUUUUAUGGAAGAAGGCGACCAAUGCUGCAGCGGGGUGCAAGAUUAUUGUGUGUAAGUGACUUGCUUUUACUAGGAAGAGUUACCAUUGAGGAGGCACGCAGUCUGCUCUAUUGGUUAGGCACUGAAGCAGGGUACGGGAAGAUGGGUGUAUGUGGACUAAGCAUGGGCGGAGUACAUGCUGCUAUGGUUGGAUCCCUGCACCCCACGCCUAUUGCUACACUUCCAUUUCUGUCUCCACACUCUGCUGUUGUGGCGUUUUGUGAUGGGAUAUUAAAACAUGGUACUGCGUGGGAGGCUUUAAGGGAGGAUUUGCCCACGCAGAAGGAUGGAAUGACACUUGAGGAAGUGAGGGAGAGGAUGCGUGAUGUUUUAUCUCUCACGGACGUCACACGGUUUCCAAUCCCCAAAAAUCCUAGUUCUGUGAUAUUUGUAGCAGCUACCGAUGAUGGUUACAUACCAAAACAUUCAGUCUUGGAGCUCCAAAAGGCUUGGCCAGGCUCAGAAGUGAGAUGGGUUACAGGUGGACAUGUGUCAUCAUUUCUUCUCCACAAUGAUGAAUUCCGGAGGGCAAUUGUGGACGGGCUUAACAGAUUACAAUGGGAGGAAUCUGCCUAGUGAUAAUGGCAGAAAAAGUGAAGAAACUCGUAUAAUUUUCUGGUAUAUACUUUACACAUAUAACUCAUUAAACCGAUAUAAGUAAAAUUUAUAGCGGAUAUGUGAAAGCACCCAGAGAUUAGUGGGAAAAUGAAAUUGUAUAGCUGAAAAAAUUUCCCUUACUGCUAGGAUAGAUUGUUGUUGAAUAUAAAAUUCCCCCACAGUUUCUUUUCUUUA